CUAAACUUGGAUGUGUUCCAUCUCAUACAACAUCGUGUGAAUUAAAUAUUUAUUGUUUAUUACUCAAGAGGUUUUCUGCUGCAAGCGUUUCAUUUGACGGUCAUUGCGUGCUUUAAGUUGUCUUAAAGUGGCGUUCUUGGACAUUGAACUGGGUUUUCGGUUUUUCGCACGCAUGUCUUCUUUGGGUGAUACUUGAUAGCUUUAUUAUGUCCAACAGAUUGACUUUUAUGGCUUUAUAACAGAGAAUGUGAAAGACAUCGAUGAAAGACGUGCCUUCUUAAGACGUGACGUGUAGUCGAAAAAGAUUAUAUUUCCUUCCUGUCGUAUCCGUAUUUUAGGAGGUGGGAUUCCGUGCGUAUAAAGCAGUAUCAAAAUAUCCAAGAAUUUCGAUUUGGUGGAGACGAAGCACUACAACUAUGAUGUCAGAGCUACAACGAAGCCAAAGUUUUAUGAGUCAUGAAUCGGAAGUAGAUGGGCAUCACUCGAUUGUGCAACAAGACGAAGAGAUCUUUCAAGAGGUGAAAUCUAAAGAAACCGAUUUCACUUUCAAAAUUAUGUGCGUCGGAGAUUACACAGGUUUCGGUAAGAAGGGAGGCUUUGUCUCGGACUAUAUUCAACGCCGACCGCUUAGCUUUUAUCACAAGCCGACGAUUGGGGUUGAUUUUUACUUGAAUUUCAUCACUUGGAUCGACAAACAAACUAAGAAAGAAUCCACAGUAAAGCUACAGUUUUGGGAUGUAGCUGAACACGAACGCUUUCUUAAAAUGACCAGCGUUUUUUGCCGGAAUUGCGUCGGCGCUUUAGUGUUUUGGGGGCCAAAAAGCCCUUCUCCACUUGGAAGCGUUUUAAAAUGGAGUGAAAAGAUCCGAGAAGCGAACCCCAAGGACGCUAAUAUCCCGAUGGUGCUUGUAAUAGAGAACAUUCCCACAUCGAAGCGUGGAAAACCAGUGGAUUGGAUCGGACAAGGAAAAAUGCUGGAAAGCAAGGUUCUUCUAGACGAGUUUUGUGCUAGAAAUGGAUUUGUAGGCUGGUUUCAGCUUUUGUCAAGAGAAGGGGAUGGUUACACGGGCGUCAUGACCCGAGCGAUCGAUUGUUUGGUUCAAAAUAUUUUCAAACAGCAAAAUGCUCGAAAGACUUCAUAAGAAUUUUUUGCAUCUUCCGGUAGACAAUGCUGAAGAUAUGCCAAAUUAUAUGGAUCUUCCGGUUUUAAGUGAAGAAGGCAGGAGAUUCUAUUUUAGUUGAAAACAAAUAAACUUUGUCUGAGAUGGAAAAGUGUGUUCGUUUUAGUGAUGUAUUUUGUACUGAGGCAUUAUAAAUGUUUUCGUGACGUUUAAAGAGUCGUCUUCAAGAUGAAGACUUUUAGGAAACACGAAGAAAAAUAAUUAGACUUUUUUUACUCUUAAUGACAAGUAUAAAUAAAAAGACUUGAC